AUGAGAGACCAAAAAAAAUAAAGAGAAACACAACCAUAUCAAUAUUCACGUACGGCAAUCGUCUAAAGUAGUUAAAAUAUUGAAGGAGAUUCUCCGGCCCAUAAGUAGCAAUAGAAAUAUGUAUCCAUAUUAAAAAGGUAUUUUACAACAAUAAGGAUUACAAUAAGUUUUAUAAACUCAUUAAAGGAAUAUUCAAAAAGAGAACGCUUUCAAAGAAUGGAUUCGCUAUAAUGGCAUAGAGUUUCAAUGAUUCCCUUUUAUCCUGAUGAUAUUAUUGUGAUCAAAUGGAAGUAUUUUGUGGAAUUUGUAACUUUUUUAAGUGUGAUCAUUUAUCCAAUUUAUAUUUGCUUUAACUUAUUUGAGUAAUUUGAGUUAACUGUUCUAAUAUUCGAUAUUAUGUUUAUAAUAGAUGUAAUAAUGAAUUUCAUUACUGGAUAUAUUGAUGAAAACAACAACUUGAUAUUAAAUUAUCAAUAAAUAUGUUAAAACUAUUUAAAAACAUGGUUCUUAUUUGAUAUCGUAUCUGCACUUCCCAUUAUUAGACAUGUAGAGGGUAAGAUGAAGUAUUUUAAAAUGAUUAGAGUAUUCAAAUACUUUCUAUUCAAGAGAUAAAUAACAUAUAAGGGGUAAAAGAAUUACGUGAAAGUAAUAGAAACAUUUGAUCCUCAUGAUGAAUUUUAAUUGAAGACCGGCACUAAGUAUUUAAUAAACGUUUUGAUCACCUCAUGUUUAUUAGUCCAUAUUUUUGGAUGUUGGCAACACUUUUUCGAUUAAGGUGAUUACAUAACGAAUAUCUAUUGGGCGAGCUAAACUAUUACAACUGUAGGAUAUGGAGAUGUAAAGACUGAACAUGAAUUUUUUAUAUUGUGGAUGAUAAUCGGAGUGGCCUUCUAUUCAUUCACUAUUGGAGAUUUUGCCUUGAUGAUGGAAAAGUCAAAAGCAAAUUAGGAAUAAGAGAUUUUAUUUUUAGUAGAAUAAUUAGGAAAUGCAAAAAAACUACCAGAUAAGUUAAAAUACAAAUUCCUAUAAUUCAUAAAAAAUAAUAUGAUUCAUAAUCCUUUUUGGUCAGAUGAAUAUAGAUUAAUGACCAAACAACUACCACAUAAUUUAAAAUUAUACAUGUCUAUUAGUGCAAUGUUAGAUUUUUGUAAGCAAAUUCCAUUCUUUCUUUAUGAUAUCAACAACACUUUCUAGCUAUUGAUAAAUAUUAGGUAUAUGAUUGUAGAGGAAGGAAGUAUUAUCUAUAGAGAAGGCCAGAAUUCUAGUGAGAUUUUCUUCCUUUUAGAUGGUGACAUAAGAAUAAUGACAAAGGAUAAGGGAUUAUUAUUGAAUAUCUUGGAAGGGACUAUGUUUGGGGAAUUUGAAGCAAUUGAAGAGAAAUUGAGAGGUACGUAUUGUAUAGCUUAAAAAAAAUCGAUUUGCUUGGUUAUUCCUUACAGAAUAUUAAGAAGGGCUAUGGAAUAAAGUGCAAUAUUGGAUUUUGAAAUAAAGUAACUACAUCAAAGAAGAAGAAGACUUAUCAUAAACAACUUUCAUGAAGAAAAAAGAAAGAAAACUGCAUAUAAAAGAUAGCAUGUUAAAUUCUACACUCAGUCUUUCUUGUAAAUGACUAGAGAGGAGUAUUUGUUGGAAAAGAAGAAAAGUUAACUUUAAAACAUGGAAGAGUACAAUAAAAUGAUGUUAAGUAAACUGAUUGGACAAAGAAUACAAAAAGCAUAGAAUUGUUUAGUGAAAUUCAAGAGAUCAGUACAUAGAGUUAUUGAAAUGAAUCAUUUGCUUGAUGAUACUAUGCCAGAGUUAUGGAAAGAAUUGAAUAAUUACCAGCUUAUUAAAAGAGUGUUUCCUAAGAAAUACUUAAAAUAAAAACAUGAAGUUAUCUCUUUAUCUAGAAAAUCUUCAUCAGUUCAUUCUCAUUUGAGCAGAUAUGCAAAUCUGAGUUAACAAUGCUUUUUCCAAAAAUUACCAGAAAUAAGAAUCAAACAUUUAGUUCUCCAACAUGUUAGACAAACAAGGAAUAAAUUCAUCCCUUUGCAUCAGUCUCUUAAUCACUAUAUUUAGGAAUAUCAAGAACAAAGUCAAUAGUUGUAAUCCAAAAGGAAGGAAAAUAUUGAAAGAUCUAUUUGGAAUAAAAAAUUUACAAAAAUUUCAUAAACAGUGAUUCUCAGAAUUGAUGAAAUUCAAGAAAGUGGAAAUAAAUACUUUGCAUUAAUGCAAAACAUGAAGAAGAUUGAGAAGCUCUGGUUGAAAGGCUCAAUGUACAAAUUUGAACUAUUCUAAUUGACUCAUGGAAAAGAAAAGUCAUUUCUGAUGUGA